AGAGUUAACAUUGAUUUACCUAAAACACAUCUUUCUUAUUAAAACAAAAGAAAUAUGUCACCAAUGAACACGAAACUUUGUUACCAUGUGCAAAACCAUCAGAUUUUCUGUAACUCGCUUAAAAAUCAUCCUCAAAUAGUUAAGUUACGCCCAUGUGGCGAGUCUGCAGCGAGUAGCACUCGAGUCUGCGCAUAGCUGUCAAGCUUGCGCGAUGACGUCACACGCAGGACGUGCCAGGCGUACAAUUCGGAAUUUGAGGCGGUGCUAUUCGAAAGUAAAAGCAGGGAAUAAGAGAACAUAAAUUACUCGCAAGCUUUACUAGUUCGUGAAUGCUGCGAAGCUUUCCUUACGUGCUUUAAAACAUGUCUGCUUUAGAUGUCAGCGCAUUUCCACGCGACUUUGCGUGGGGAGCUGCGACAGCUGCUUAUCAGAUUGAAGGUGGUUGGAAUAUGGAAGGUAAAGGGCCGAGCAUAUGGGACACGUUCUGUCAUGCUAAAGGAAAGGUGUUUGAAGACCAGACUGGAGAUGUAGCCUGCAACAGCUAUCAGCUCUGGCAAGAGGACCUGAAAUGUGUCCAACGGCUUGGACUUUCCCAUCAUCGCCUGUCCAUGUCCUGGUCACGGCUUCUUCCUGACGGAACCACAAGUCACGUGAAUCUGAAAGGUGUGGAGUAUUACAACAAAGUGAUCGAUGACUUGAUUGCUUGUAAUGUUACCCCCAUGGUCACGUUGUACCACUUCGACUUACCUCAGGCCCUACAGGACUGUGGUGGGUGGAAAUCAACGGAGAUCGCAGACAUCUUUGAAAGUUAUGCCAGGUUUUGCUUUCAGACUUACGGUGACAGAGUGAAGCUUUGGACCACUUUGAAUGAGCCCUAUAUUUGUGCCAAGCUAGGCCAUGAGGAUGGCAUCUUUGCUCCUGGGAUCAAAGAGCCAGGAACAUCAGCCUACUUGGCUGGCCAUAACAUGCUGCGGGCUCACACCAAGGCCUGGCAUUGCUAUAACUCGCAUUUCAGACAUUUGCAAGGAGGGAAAGUAUCCCUCAACCUAAACACCGAUUGGGCAGAACCGUUGGACCCUGGCUGUCUUCAAGAUGUUGCAGCCACGGAGAGAUACAUGGCAUUCUCUUUGGGAUGGUUUGCUUGUCCUGUGUUUUGCACAGGGGAUUACCCAGAAUCCAUGAGGGCCAAGAUCGAAGCGGGGAGCUUGGAAUUGGGAUACGGCCCACGGCUACCUCGGUUCUCGAAGGAUGAGCCGUCCCCUCUGGGCACAGCUGAUUUCUUCGCACUGAACUACUACACAACUCGAAAAGUGAAAGAUCUGAAGGGUGCUUGUAAGAGCGGCGAGCUCAGUUUUAUUAGAGACCAAAGUGCAGAAGCGGUUAUAGAUCCCUCGUGGCCCAUAAGUGGGGUCCAUUGGUUGGCUGUUGUGCCUGAUGGAUUGCGAAAGCUGUUAAAACAUAUAAAUGACACUUACACCAGUCUGCCCAUCUAUAUCACAGAAAGUGGCUUUUCGCAGAUAGGGCCGGUUCAAAUAGAAGAUGAUGACCGGUGCCAUUUUUAUCAGAAGACACUGCAAGAAGUAGGAAAAGCUGUCAGUCAAGAUGGAGUGAAUGUAAAGGGAUAUUUUGCCUGGUCUCUAUUGGAUAACUUUGAGUGGGCAGAUGGCUUCAGUGUGCGCUUUGGUCUGUUUCACGUGGAUUUCUCCACACCUGAACUGAAGCGGACAAUAUACCGUUCUGGUAGAGAGUAUGCUGCUGUGAUAUCCAAACAUCGCACCCAGACCAAAUCAAAGACGGUUUAGUGGGUUUUUUUUAAAAAACAAAUCAUUGUUUUAUCACCUGACGAUGCUGUCAUUGUUAGGCAAUCAUAUUGAUGUGAAAAGCAAAUCACUGCAUUCUUAAAUUUAAAGGGAUAGUUUGCCAAAAAAAAAAUGCAGAUCAGUCAUUUACAUAUUUUUUUUUAAUAAGAAUCUUUCAUUAUGAUUUUUCGUUGUAUUGUAAAAAGGAGAAAUGUUUAAGGAAAUAUCUUCAGAUUUUGAGUAGAUCAAUAACAAUGGAAACAUAAAUACAAUUGUUGUAGAUGGACUUCUUUUCCAUCAUCACAGAAGAAUGUCACAGGUAGAGAGUAGUGUCUCAAUGUAUUUUGUUGGUCUAUACUGCCCCUAUGUGGCCAAAAACUGUAUAGCUGGACCAGAAGUUUUAUAAUGGCUUGUAUAUUUUUUGGAAAUGUAUAACUGCAAAGAAAUGCAAAACAUGACUCCUACAGUGUCUGUAGGCAUUACUGAGACUUAUUUUUAGAUGCACAUGAAAAUGUGGAUGUAAAUAUAUUAUAAUCUCACAUCAGCCAAUGUAAUAUUCAUGCAGAAUUACACUUUAAGUCACUUGCACAUGUAAACUCUUUUGAGAUUGAGGUUAGCCGAACCUAAUGGAAGCCAUGAGAGGACAUGAAUGAAGAUAUGAGAGUGUGUUUUACUGUCAUUUUCACCUGCUUGUGUUCUACCGCUAAAGUUCAAUACCACAUAAAUCAUUAUUGGCCUCUCUAAAUUCAUAAAGUGAAAUAUAAGGCCACAAAUCUUUAAAAAGAGACACUUUAGAGGAGAAGGGGGCUCGUAAUCUUGUUUAUAGUGUUCUGGUUGUAGUAUUGAAACGUUAACGUUUCAGUUAUUAUUAUCUUGUGGAUUUUUCAAAGGGCAUAUGAGUGGUGUUUUCAGUUUUAAUUGUUCAAUUGUUCAGAACAUGAUUUAUUAAGGAGCACGGGAAGACCAACCGCAUGUUCCAGUCAGUUUUGAAAAUAAAUGAUGUUAUGCAGAAAGUUGCUUCUGACUGCGAAUUAGUCUAAUUUAUAUUAACAUCCCAUCACAUUCAAUGAUGGACAAUUGUACAGAUGACAAAUUAAUAGAGGCACAUUUUCGUUCGAAAAAACUUCACUUGUUACAUUUUGACAGACCUUAUGAAAUAUUCAGCAGCGAGGGAACUCAUUAGCCUAAUAUAAAUUAACUGAAUAAUUUAGCUGCUAAUUAACUAUUUCCAAAUGAAUUAUAUUCAAAAGUCAGAACUUU